AUGAAAUCUCAGCUAAAGGAGACUGAGAUGUUAGAGCAACAGAAAAAAACCAUUGCAGACCGCACCUACCGUGAGGUGCAACCAAAGGUGGACAGCAGUGAUUCGCAAUUUAAGGAGGUUGAACCCGGAGCCAAGGAGGUCAUUGAAUUAGGGAAGAAGACAUCACGCGAAGUGGACGCCCUAACAAAUGACGUCCUGUCUCUUCUGAAGAGGAUGAAUGAACUUAAAGAUAAAAUAACGAAUACCGGACCUGAAUUAGGCACUGACAGUGAUGGCGCAGCCCGAUUCAAAGCAAUAAAGGAGGCAGGAACUAGGAUGGAAAUCGAUCGCCGUUUGGAGGAACUAAAGACACUUAACACGAGUCGGUCCAACGAACUCAGCUAUCUGAAGUAUGAAAUCGGGGAAUUUGAAGCCAAUGCACAGCACUUAGCAAAACUAUUUGAACUCCUGCCGAAGUUGAAACCCUUAGAGUGCUUCUACUCUGGAAAGCAAAUUGAAGGUGGCUUCCGAAGGAAGAAACGUCAAGCCAAUCGGACCGAAUCCAGCCCGAAGACGGCUUUGGCAGCCGUUACUUCAGAAAAGUGGUUACCCAUUGGUCUGCAGGCACAGACAUCUGUUUAG